ACACUGGAAGCCGGAUCCCCCACGCCGCCGGCCAAGGGGUGCCGUCCCGUCUCUCUCUGCCGAUCCGUCGCUUGUCCGCAAGCGAAAUCCGCCGAGAACUCUGGUUUCCCCUUUCCUCUCUGCUCCUGCCGCCUGCCGCAUCGCCCCGACGGGUCCCAGCCAGAGGCGCAGUCCGCCUCCCUCUCCGGCGAGAUUGUUCCAGCCAGCACCGAGGUCUUGAAUUAUGGCCACCAUGUCAACACUGGCCACAGGCUUGUUGCCUGGAACUGUAAUCACCAAUGGUUUAACUCGCAGAAUUCAAGGCUCACAAUGUCAGAGAACUCAAGUUAACUGCAUCUCGUUUAAACGGGAAAUUUCUACUAAAGUAACAUCGAGGAGUGUAAGAUGCAAUGCUGCUCAAACCCAAAGUGUUCAGCGCAAAUCAUCAACUGCGACUGUCAAACGAUCUGAUCCAAAAGGGAAAACCCAAGCACCUAAACUGGACGAUGGAAGUGGUGGGUUUCCUCCAUUCCGUUUCGGCAAAGGAGGUGGGGGCGGUGGAGGGGGCGGUGGCGGCAGCAACUACUUUGGUGGAUUCCUUCUCUUCACCAUUGUGCUGCUCCUGGAUUACCUCAAGGAGUUUGAGAAGAACCUGCUUGCUCGAAGGCAGCGUGCUGGAGAUGAUACAGACGAUGCAGGCAACGGGCUGCUAGAUCAAUCAUCGUGAAUCUUAUUAGCAGUAGCUCCUAGCGUUUUGAUCUCUAUGAUUCUUCAAGGCUGCCCCUAGAACUGCAAUCAGAUAAGGUGUCUUGUUUACGGUAUCCAUGUCCUGGGAAAAACAGGUUUCAUCAGUCAUCACCAUGAAGCCCAAAUCGCAGAACUGUAUUGGAGGUGCUGAAACUUCAUCCGACGUGGCUGUUGUGCUGGAAACAUAAGCGUGCCCCUAGUAUAAUCCAGCUAGGUUUUGCUUGCUGCCACACUUAAAUUCACUGAUCCACAGGUUUGAAAUGCUUGCCAUGGAUGUGCUUCAUGCAGAAUCAACAUAAUGGAAAUUAUAUUGUUCUUAUGCUACUGUCCAUUUGUUGCUGUUGGGGAAAACCAUUAUUGAGUGUUU